UUAGAUACAAUAAUAUCAAUCUUGUAUUUUUAUCGAACGAGCAAUGCGGAAUAAAUAUUCACUCAUCAUUAUUUUGCGCUUACAUUUCAAUAACAAAGUUAAAAAGCCUUAGUGUUUUACGAAUUCUCAUAUUACAUGGAAAUUUUAUACUCUGAAGACGCAAAGCUCGAUUUGCUUUACGUUUGAGCGCUAUAUACCUCACUAAUAACAGUCUAGUACGUUAGUUCAUAAAUUACAUGUCUUUUUCGAACGAUGACAUAACUAUUUGAAUCUAGUAUUAAUACACGACUAGACUGAAUGUUAGUUUCCUUGAAUGCGAGUGUUGGUAUACCAUCAAGUUAGAAUAUACCGCACGCAUUUUUCAACUAUGUCAAAAUUGCAAUAAACUUAACUUAGAAAUUGAGAUUACCUUUCAAAUUGUUAACAUGCUUCAAUUACUAGAGCCGUUACUUUUUUCGAAAUAUUUCUGGAUUAGUGCAAUUCUAGUUACGCUUUAUGGAUAUGUAAAGUUUGUUAUCUUCACAUAUUGGAAAAGACAUGGAAUACCACACGAUCCACCACAGUUACCGUUCGGCAAUGCUUUACCCGUAGUUCUGGGAAAAAAGUCUUUAGGAAAUUUCGUGAAAGAGAGUUAUGACAAAUUCAAGAAAUUUCGUUACCACGGUAUUUACAUCUUCCACCAGCCUUUAUUACUCAUCAACGAUCCUGAACUCAUUCGUCAUGUUUUGAUAAAGGACUUCAACAAAUUUCGCGAUCGAGGCAUGUACUAUAACGAGAAAGUGGAUCCGCUAUCGGGUCAUCUAUUUUUACUACCAGGUGAAAAAUGGAGAAAACUAAGAGCAAAGUUGACUGUUACAUUUACAUCUGGCAAAUUGAAACAAAUGUUUCCUCUGAUCAAAGAAAUUGGCGAUGAGUUGAUCAAAGUAUGCGACCAAACAAUAACUAAAGAAAACAUCAUUGAAUUCAAAGAUUUGAUUGGAAGAUACACAACAGAUAGUAUUUCCUCGAUAGCAUUCGGAUUUAAUUGUAAAAGUUUAGAGGAUCCGGAUAACGAGUUUAAACGUUAUGGAGCAAUGGUAUUCGAUCAAAAUCCGAUCAGGAAUGCUCUUGGUGCGUUCGCACCAAUCGUCUUAGAUAUUCUUCAAAUCCCUUUAAUCAGGAAGCAAGUUAUACACUUUUUUACGACGACUUUUCAAGACAUGGUUAAAUAUAGACGACAAAAUAAUAUCGUGAGGAAGGAUUUUUUUGAUUUAUUAAUGCAAUUAAUGGACAAGGGUAAGUUAGAUGAGGAUGAAAAAUUGAAUGAAACUACUGGUAAAUCAUCAGAUGGCGACAAGAUUACUAUGGUGCAAGCACAAGCGCAAGCAUUUGUUUUCUUUGUUGCUGGAUUUGAAACAACUUCUUCUACGAUUACCUAUCUGUUGUAUGAAUUAGCUUUGAACCCAGAUAUUCAAGACAAAGUGCAUUUAGAAAUCGAUGAAUUUUUUGCUAAAGGAGAGCUGACCUACGAUCGAGUUAUGAAUGAGCUCGAUUACUUGCAUAUGACAUUCAAUGAAACAUUAAGAAAGCAUCCAUCAGUACCCUUUUUGAAUCGCAGUUGCCUCGAAGAUUGGAAAAUUCCGGACUCUAACUUUACAAUAAGAAAAGGUACUGGAGUUAUGAUUUCUGUCACUGGACUGCAAAGCGAUCCGGAUAUAUUUCCAAAUCCAGAAAAGUUCGAUCCAACUCGAUUUUCGAAGGAAAACGUCGCGACUAGAUCUCCUUACGUGUACCUGCCUUUUGGAGAUGGGCCUAGGAUUUGCAUUGGAGCUCGUUUCGGAAUUCUUCAGUCUAAAAUAGCACUCAUAGCUUUACUUUCAAAUUAUAAGUUUUUUACAUGUGAAAAAACUCCGAUUCCUAUACAAUAUUCAAAACGAUCAUUUACUCAAUCUCCUCAUGGCGGUGUUUACUUGCGAAUGGAACGGAGAGCGAAGUAUUUAUAUAGAACAGUCGUGAAUAAAAUGUUAGAGUUGAUGGAGGUUUUUAACUCUAAAGCGUUUUGCAUAACUUUAAUUCUUUUUCUUACCUAUUUGUAUUUUAAGUUAGUUGUUUAUUCAUACUGGCAAAAACGUAGGAUACCUUGUGAUGAUUUUUCAAUACUCACUGGUAUUUUUGGCAGAGAUUUUUUAAUGCAAAAAAUUACUGUGGGUGACGUAUUUAAAAGAAGUUACGAAAAAUUAAAAAAAUUUCCUUUCCAUGGAGUCUAUGUGUUCCACAACCCUGUUUUGAUGAUUAAUGAUCCUGAACUUAUAAAAAAUAUAUUAGUAAAAGAUUUUGCGAGUUUUUGCGAUCGUGGACUCUAUUGCAAUCCUCAAGUCGAUCCUCUAAGCGGACAUCUUUUUCUCUUGUAUGGUGACAGAUGGAGAACCCUUAGAGCGAAAUUGUCUCCCACAUUUUCAGCAGGAAAACUUAAACAAAUGUUUUAUAUAUUGAAUGACAUUACCAGUGAUAUGAUCAGGGUAGUCAACGAUGAUUUGAUAAAUACUGAUAUUCUUGAAAUGAAAGAUCUAGUUUCAAGAUAUACGACUGAUGCAAUUUUCAGUCUUGCUUUUGGAGUCGACAGUAAAUGCUUAAAAUAUCCUAAUAAUCAAUUCCGUCAUUAUGGCAAUUUAUCAAUUGAAAAUAGUAUAGUACGUGGUGCCAUAGGUUUUUUUGCACCCAAAGUAUUGUACGCUUUUAGACAACCUUUUACAAAUCCCGAAGUGUCAAAAUAUUUCAUAAAAUUAUUUCAAGAUAUGGUUGAUAAAAGAAGAAGAGAAAACAUUAAACGGAAAGACUUUUUAAAUUCUCUGAUAGAUCUUAUGGAUAAUGAACAAUUAGUCGAUAAAGAAAUGACACAUUCUAGUGGUAUAAGUGCUGAAAGUAUUGCAAGAAGAUUAGAAAUGGUGGAAGCAGCAGCUCAAGCAUUUGUUUUUUUCAUCGGUGGCUUCGAGACAUCUUCUUCAGUAGCUACGCAUUGCCUUUACGAACUUGCUUUGAAUCCUGAAAUACAAGAAAAACUAUACAAUGAAAUCAAGGAGCAAUCAAACAGCUCAUGUAACUUGAAUUACGAAAAUUUAAUGCAAUUAAAAUAUCUUGAUAUGGUAUUUCUUGAAACAAUGAGGAAACAUCCGUCUGUUCCGAUUUUGAAUCGUAUUUGUAUAAACGAUUAUCAAAUUCCCAAUUCUGAUUUCACUAUAGAAAAGGACACAGGUAUUAUAAUCUCAGUUACAGGCCUUCACAGUGAUCCAAACAUUUAUCAUGAUCCAGAAAAAUUCGAUCCUUUGCGAUUCAAAAAAGAGAAUUUGGAGCCGAAAAAUUUUUACGCUUAUUUAGCAUUCGGUGAAGGACCAAGAAUUUGCAUAGGCAAGCGGCUUGGGAUACUUCAGAGUAAAAUGGCCAUAUAUCAUUUACUAUUACAUUAUAAAUUUUCCAAAUGUGACAGAACAUCUAUUCCAAUUGAAUAUAAUCGAAGGUCAUUAUUGCAAACCCCCCGGGGUGGAAUUUAUUUGAAAGUUGAAAAAAGAAAAGUUAUUUAAAUAAAAAUAAAAAUGACUAUCAAAUUUAAUAUUUUUGUGAUCUAUAAUGUGAUAGAGUUGUUCAAUA